AUGGCCAUGAUCCAGAUUCUGCUGGUUGGAUUUCUGCUCGUCCCCGUGUUGACGUCCAACCUCCCGUGCUUUAACGAAGAUGAGCUGGAAGACAAAGCUUCCCGGAAGCUGAGCCGCUACCAUCAACCUCUGGACCUUUCAGCGGUUUUGCCCUCUGAGGCUGGCACUCCUGUCUGUCCUGUGGACCUUUACCCACAGUCAGCCGGGCCCAAUGACAGGUCUCUGUCCCCCUGGCGUUACAUCCGCGACACCGACAAGGACCGCUUCCCUCCCACCAUCGCUGUGGCUCAGUGCCUCUGUGAAGGAUGCAUUACGAGCAAGGGGAAGGAAGACAUGGACUACAACUCAUACCUCAUCGAGCAGAGCAGGGUGGUGCUCAGGAAGGAGCUCUGCGAUGAUGGAAAGAAGUACCGCUUGGUACCGGACUCUGUGAAAGUGGGGGUUGGCUGCACCUGCCUGAAGUCAAAGAGCACAUAG